AUGCCGUGUGGCUGCGGGCUCCAUGAGAGGAAAUUGAGUGAAGAAAAGGCUGGAGCCACCAAAGUCACAAGCAACGACGACGUGGACAAAGACGAGGAGAAGGUCGACCAGAGUGUGAUGCCGUUAGGAGGAGUGGUGGAUUUUAACUCAAAAGACUCUGAGAAUUCAGACUUGGAAAUCCGCUCAACAGUCGCACGAGUGAUGGGGUGCAGACGAGACUUUCAUGAUGUUCGCACGAUUCUCAAAGAUAAGGAGCAUGUAUCCAGCAAGAGAGCGUGUGACCAAAGUUUCUUGGAGAUCCAAGCAGAAGAAAAGCGUCGGAAGGUCGCGAGCGAAGUCAACACCCGUUUGUCUGGAGGUCCAGUCGAGGAGGAGAGCGAGGCUUCUAAAUCAGCCCCGUUCCCUGAAUUCACACACGAAACGAUCCUGCAUGGGCACGGUGGUCCAGUCCUGACCAUCACAGGUCACAAGUCAGAUGUCUUCCUCUCAGGCGGUAUGGACCAUGAGAUUCACACGUUCGACCUGAGGCGGGUGGAUCCGACCAAACUGACGCCGUCUCACUCCUUUGAACCUGCUCCAGGGUGUAGCGUGAAGCAGAUUCAACGACUUAGAAUGACAAAGUCUCUACCAGGACGUCCUCUGGUAGACUUCAAGGCAGGAAACCCAUACUAUGAUUACAUCGAAGACACGGCUGGACAUAUUGCAUCGCUGACUGCAGCCUUCUGGCAUCCAAGGAAGUCAGGCUGGUGCUACACUGCGGCAGGAGACGGGACUGUCCGCCUGUGGGACGUGAGGAGUUGUCACGUGGGCGAUGUCUCAUCCUUUGCUGCCUCACCUGAGCAGCAUAAAGUCCCCAUUCCCUGUGCCGUCCCCUCGGACGUGGGCGGAGUCCUUGCGAUGACUUCGGAAGGGAAUAUCGUCAUGUGGGAUGACCGAGUCGGAAAGAGGAAUCGCAUCCUCACAGACGCUGAGAAGCCAGAAAUCACAAUCAAGGACGCGCACCUGAAUGUUGACGCAUCCGGAUUGCCAUGUGCCUUGGCGUACUUGGAUAGGAAGCGGCUGAUUGUGAGCCAGGGAGGGGGGAUGGACAAGACAGUGAAGGUCUGGGAUGUUAGGAGAACUGACAAGCCGGUCAAGAUCUUUGAGAACGUUGACUGUUCCAGCUUUGGCUCUGCCAUCUGCUUCAGCCCCGAUGGCAAUUUCUUUGCAGUAGGCUCUAGAGUCUUCUCGAGCUCCUCCGCCCGAUCCAAGAAGAAGAGGAAGGAGGAGAGGGGUGAGGUCAACAUCUUCGACUCCUCAAGGCUUGUCAACCUCCAAAGCCUGCACAUCACCAGCGGCCCUGUCGUCUCGCUGUACUGGGAUGCAACUUCGAACAACCUCCUCGCCGGCUCCACGGGGGGGAAGAUUCACGUCUUGCAGAAGGGAGACGGGGGCAUACACACGAUCCCUGGGCUACAGCUGCAACCACUGAGCACAGAAGCCUCCCCGUCUGCUCCUGUCCAUUUCCAAAACGACUACUCAGGCGUGGACCUCAUCGAGCUUCAGCUCAUCAAGAGGACGCUGCGGGAGGAGAGGGAAGAGGCCAUGCCCGGCUCGACAAGAUGA